AUGCCUGCGCCGCAGGUGCAGGACGCCCCAGCGGCGGCCGCUGCCGCCGCGGACUUGGGCACCGCUACCCGCGCCGACUUCCCCAUUCUGCACCAGAGUGUGAACGAGCGGCCGCUGAUGUACCUGGACAAUGCAGCCACGUCGCAGAAGCCGCGGCAGGUCCUGCAGACGAUGGACGAGUACUAUGGCGAGGGCGGAUACAACAGCAACGUGCACCGCGGGGUGCACGCCCUGAGCGCACGUGCCACUGCCGCCUACGAGGCCGCCCGCGAGAAGAUUGCGGGCUUCAUCAACGCCUCCUCGCCUCAGGAGAUCGUCUACACACGUAAUGCCACGGAGGCCAUCAACCUGGUGGCCAACACGUGGGGCGCGGCACAGCUGCGCGAGGGCGACGAGGUGGUGCUGAGCGUGGCGGAGCACCACUCCAACAUCGUGCCCUGGCAGCUGCUGGCGCAGCGCAGGGGACUGGUGCUCAAGUUUGCGGAGCUGACCGGCAGCGAGGAGGUGGACCUGGAGAAACUGGCGGCCCUCAUCACGCCCCGCACCCGCCUCGUCUCGCUUGUCCACGUGUCCAACAUGCUGGGCUGCGUGCUGCCCACGCAGCGCGUGGCAGAGAUGGCCCACGGCGUGGGCGCAAAGCUGCUGCUCGACUGCUGCCAAUCUGUGCCCAACAUGCCGGUGGAUGUGCAGACGCUUGGCGCCGACUGGAUUGUGGCCUCUAGCCACAAGAUGUGCGGCCCUACAGGCAUCGGCUUCCUGUGGGCCCGCUACUCGCUGCUGGAGCAGAUGCCGCCGUGGAUGGGUGGUGGCGAGAUGAUUCAGGAGGUGCGGCUGGAGGGCAGCACAUAUGCGGAGCCGCCCUCGAGGUUCGAGGCGGGCACCCCCGCCAUUGCUGAGGCCAUCGGGCUUGGUGCCGCCUGCGACUACCUGUCGGGGCUCGGCAUGGAGCGUGUGGCGGCGCAUGAGCGCGAGCUGGGCGCUCACCUGUAUUGGCAGCUGCGGUCGAUUGAUCGUGUGCGCAUCUAUGGUCCCAGCCCGGAAGCGCGGCUGGGCCGUGCCGCUCUGGCCACCUUCAAUGUUGAGGGCAUCCACCCCACAGACAUAUCCACCAUCCUGGACAGCACGGGCGUGGCGGUGCGGUCGGGCCACCUGUGCACGCAGCCGGUGCACCGUCACCUGGGCAUCUCCAGCUCGGUGCGUGCAUCACCAUACAUUUACAACACCAAGGCGGAGGUGGAUGCGUUUGUGGAUGCCCUCAAGGACGCCAUUCAGUUUUUCACUUGACAUGGGCAUGUGACGGGGCACAGCUUCCAGCUGGGAAUGCGAGGGGGUGAUGUGCCCAGAAUGGGUGCAUCAACCCUCCUGGGAUUGCUGCCAAGCAGGGGUUGCAACUUGGCUCCAGAAACUCCCUGCUCCUUUCAUUGUCUUGAUCUGCUUGAGUUUAUAAAUCGCUCUCUAAUUUCAUCUACACUCCACCCCUCUUUCGUUGACUCUGGAAAACAAACCCUUUGAACGCUUGAACGAAUAGCAA